CCCGCGCGGCGGCGGCGAUGGGCGCGGCCCGGCGCGGCGCCGCCCGGCCGGGGCGGGCCCUGGCGGCGGGCUCGCAGCGAUGGCGGCGGCCGAGGUGGCGCGGCAGGGUGAAGGCUGUCGUACUGUCCCCCUUUCUGGACAUGUCGGAUUUGACAGUUUGCCUGACCAGCUGGUUAAUAAGUCAGUUAAUCAUGGUUUUUGUUUCAACAUCCUGUGCGUGGGGGAAACUGGCCUUGGUAAGUCCACCCUCAUGGACACACUUUUUAACACCAAGUUCGAAGGUGACCCAGCAUCUCACUCACAGCCUGGGGUCCAGCUGAAAUCUAAUACCUAUGACCUGCAGGAGAGCAAUGUCAACCUCAAACUGACUAUUGUGAGCACAGUGGGCUUUGGGGAUCAGAUCAACAAAGAAGACAGCUAUAAGCCCAUUGUCGAGUUCAUUGAUGCUCAGUUUGAAGCCUAUUUGCAAGAAGAACUGAAGAUAAAGAGGGUCUUGCACAACUACCAUGACACCCGGAUCCACGCUUGUUUGUACUUCAUUGCUCCGACAGGCCACUCGCUGAAAUCCCUGGACUUGGUAACAAUGAAGAAGCUUGACAGCAAGGUCAACAUCAUUCCUAUCAUUGCCAAAUCUGAUGCCAUUUCCAAGAGUGAGCUGACCAAAUUUAAAAUUAAAAUCACAAGUGAACUGGUCAGUAACGGAGUUCAGAUCUACCAGUUCCCAACAGAUGAUGAAUCGGUGGCGGAGAUAAAUGGGACAAUGAAUGCCCACUUGCCAUUUGCAGUGAUCGGCAGCACGGAGGAGCUGAAAAUAGGAAACAAAAUGAUGAAAGCUCGUCAGUACCCCUGGGGCACGGUGCAGGUGGAGAAUGAGACUCACUGUGACUUUGUGAAACUGCGGGAGAUGCUGAUCCGUGUGAACAUGGAAGACCUUCGCGAACAGACCCACACACGCCACUAUGAGCUGUACAGGCGAUGUAAACUGGAAGAGAUGGGUUUCAAGGACACUGAUCCAGACAGCAAGCCCUUCAGCUUACAGGAAACUUAUGAGGCCAAAAGAAAUGAGUUUCUGGGGGAACUGCAGAAAAAGGAAGAGGCGAUGAGGCAAAUGUUUGUCCAGAGGGUCAAGGAAAAGGAAGCGGAGCUGAAGGAGGCUGAAAAAGAGCUGCACGAAAAGUUUGAUCGUCUGAAGAAGUUACAUCAGGAUGAAAAAAAGAAGCUAGAGGACAAGAAGAAGUCUCUGGAUGAUGAAGUAAAUGCAUUUAAACAAAGGAAGACGGCAGCUGAAUUGCUCCAAUCUCAGGCUCAGCAGGCUGGAGGAUCGCAAACUCUUAAAAGAGAUAAGGAGAGAAAAAAUUAACUGCUGUUUGGCUGCAUGGUGCACGAAGCACGUUGUCCUGUUCGGGUUUCCUGUAGAACCCUUCCCUUCGCAGCAGAAGCGAAUGCCCCCACAUUCGGUUAACAUGCAGCUAUGCCAUUGUGCCUGUUUGCUCACCUUUCCUCAUUGCUCCCUUACUCAGCUCACCAUUUUUUUUAAGCAAGAGCCUGCACCGUUGGCUGUUCUGGGUUAUUAGCUUCUGUGAAGAACUCGGCAAUAACCUAUGUGGAACUGGCAACAGAUGCUAGUUGCUGAUCUCUCUUCUCUUUCGGUCAAUAGCAGGCUGCCAAGUGCUUGUAGUGCUAGUGUCCCCUCUUCUGAAUUGUUACGCCUUUUUGUCCCUUCGCACUGUUUGGUGUGAGGGCUGCGUGACAGCAGAGCGCAGCCGCUUGGUGCGUUCCGUGCCUGCUGCGGGCCCGCCGCGAGUGCCGCCCGGUGCCGCGUUGUGGUGGGGCGUGCUGUGUCUCGAGAGAGCGGCCGCCCCCUCCCCUUUUCAGUCCGCUCUGCCUAACCCAUCAUUACCCAGCUGUGCUGUUACACGUGUGACUCAAAUAGUGUUAAAGGACUUUUCGCAAAACUUGACACCCCCUGAGGCAUGGGCCUGAGUCCUCCGCUCGCCAGGCUUGGGGGAUCUCCAAACGCGGAUCCAAGGCUUGCCGCUAAGCACUCCCUGAAUGCUGCGGGGGUCCCAAGGGGUCUCUGGCCCUGUCUCCCUGUCCCUGUGCUGGGCUCGAUGCGUGUCCUGGAUCCAGUCUCAGGGAAAAGUGGUCACCUCGCUCCAAGUAUCAGUGUUUGUGAAGAAAGAUGAUGAUGUUUCUUUAUCUUUCUUCUUGAUAAUUCCAACAAUUUCUGGUUUUAAUGCAAAAAGUAUUACCUAAGGUUUUUUUUAUAUUACUUGGCAUCUGUUUAGGAGUGUACAGAUGUUUAUAGGUUGUUUUUUACUUUUUCUAUUCAGCAAAAGCCUUUUUUUAAUGCAAGAUUUGCACUAAAAGGGAGGGUGUUUUGCUCUGUGUUUCAGUGGGGCCAGGAAUUUGCUCAGUGGCCAAGUACAACUAUGGUUUGCCUGCAGGUGUCUUCUCUGUAUUUCUGGAUGAGGAAAUUCUUUAAAAAAAAAAAAAAAGAAAGAAAAUAAUAAAGUCUUCCUCAGACAGUGAAUUCUGGUUAACAUUUAUUUCUUUUGUUUUUUGUUUUCUUUGCCCUUCUUUUACAGUAACCCAUGGCUCUGUACUGAGUAAUUACCCCUGAAUACAAUGGGCUGGAAUGGACCUUCAUUUACUUGUUAAAUCGGAGGGUCUAAUAAAACGUGACAGCAUUUCAGCUGUGACCUUUCCAUGGUGUUACCCUUGCUAUAUCGUAUAUUCUCAUUGUGAAUCUGUCUUUACUAUGUACUGGCGGUUAUUGUUUUUGUUAAACAAUGUAAAAUAAGUCCGUAAUGAGGUUUUGGAGACUGCAACUUUAAAUCUAAUUUUUUUCCCUACAAUUAAUGGAUUCCCCUUUUUCCUGGACCCUCUUCACCCAGAUGAUUAAGGGAUGUGGAAAUAAGUGAGUUAUUUUUGCUGGCAAAAUAACAAUGCAGUUUAAAUGUAUUUAUUGGUGACGUUAAGAUGACAACACCACCUUAGUUUAAUUAUGGCAUAGUUGAGAGAUUAAAAAUUCUUUUCUCUUUAUACUUGGUGUCCUUUCGUGACAUCAUCUAUCUAUUUUUAAUUUGCUUUUUUUUUCUUUUGCUAAUUCAUGCUACCUGAAAACCAGCGUUUAAUACUCAUUGCCAUUUCAGACGUGCUUGUUGUGGCCCUGAUGCUUCCGUUGCACUGUGCGCGGGCUAAGCUCUCCCUGCGUGGAGGAAUCCACCUGUCCCGGCCCUGCUGAAAGGUCAGGAUGUCCUGGCAAGUAGUUUCAACAAAGGCUCCUCAAGUCCUAGGUUUUUUGGAGGAUGAGCACACCUCAGACCUCGCCACGCGAGGUAAUGUGAUUUUCAGCACAAGCUGUUGCUUGGCAUGUUACCUGGAGAGGUAGUCUGGAUGAUGCUCAAACCUCCCUAUCUGCAAACCAACACCCUGUAAAACACAUGUGGGCCGUGGUGGUCAGAGCUUGUCUGAUCACCAGAGCAUUUAUUAAUAUUUCCCAGUAACGUGCUUUUCAUUGCCUUGCAAAAUUCGAUAUUCAGGGACAUGUUUUUUGGGCAGCUCCCUGGUCCACAUCUGCUGGUAAAUUUUGCUUUAGACCCUCUACUUCUCAAGUAUUUUGGUUUGCGCUGAAAGAUGUCAUUCAGAGCAUCUUGGAUCAGUGCUACCAAAUGAAAACUUUGUAUUCAGUGAUACACAUUGUAACAUAAAUAAAGAGCAAAGUUUAAAACAGUUCUCAACUCUUCCGGUCCACAGGCUGUUAGUCCAGCAGCACACCUUGUGCAGGAACCCCUUGAAACUAAGGUGUGGCCUGCAUUUCCAGCAAUCAAAGUAAUUAAAACUCUUGAUUGCAAUGUAUUUAUAUUAUCUCAGGUAUCCUGUUUCACUGUAAAUACAAUUUUAUUUCCCUUAAAAUGCUUUGGCUCUUUUUUUUUUUUUAAAGCAAGUUAAAAUAACUUGAGUAUUUACUUCUUUUAUUACUGUGGAAGGUAGGCCUGCUCCCCAAACCAGUCAAUAUCAUUUUCUCAGUGUUUUCUAGGUUAUUUGUUAAAAGGAGCAUUUAAUCUGGCUUUUGUUUCCCAUGCUGCAGGUCACUGGCUGUCUUUCUUGACCAUUUGCCUUAUUAGAAUGUUAUUAAAAGACUUCUUUUUUUAAAGGGGGUUUACUUAUGUGAUUUCCUUGAAGUAGUAGGUACCAUAAGAUAUACAGCCUCAUAGAAGAGGUUCCAUCUCUCCUCUGUCAGCUGUUUCCAUGUUGCAUCUCUUUCUCCUGCUUUUUGAAUGUCUUUCUCUUUUUGAUAAUCUUCUGUUUUUUUCUCUUUUUUUCCCUUUCUCUCUCUGUAGCUUUUUUUAAUCUGUCUUCGCCAGCUGCACUGGGUCUGAGGGAGAAGACUGCCACUUCUAGAAGCGUUUAGGGAUCUUAUGUCUGGGGAGGGAGGGGAAACAAAUCUUCAGUGUUAGUGUCUUGGAAAGAAGCUCUUUUACUGACUUGCAUGGUAUUUAAAAUUGAAGUGUCUUGUAAUUUGUGUGACAAGACAGAAUAAUACAGGGGGAAACUGAUUGUUUACCUAAAAUUUUGAAGAGCAACAGACAUGUGAUGUUUGGACUAAUGAUGUAGCGAAUACAUUUUCAAACAUUGUUAUGAGCAAUUUUUUUUUCUAAUUUUGUCUUUAACGAUAUAAAUGUCAUGGGCUUCCACAAGGUUUGAAGCCUACGGAAUAUUUUCAAUAUGCUGUUGUUUGGUUGGUUUUGGAAACUGUUGCAUUCAAAGUCAAAGGAAGUAUAAACAUGGUGCAAUUUGCUAUGUUGGCAGCCACGAAAUAUUUAAUUUCAACAAAGAAAUAAAGUAAGAAGAACCGUGUGUUUGCAUUGGUGUCCUCCUGUGUCUCACCACCUCACUAAACAAGCUCCAUUGCCUGAUCGACGGGGGUCGAGGGGUACUUUUUUUUUUUUUAACUAGACCAUCAAUUGCAUUAAAAAUAUGCAGAUAAUUGCACCUCCUCCUGUUCUUUAAAGUUAGAAAAUGAUCUUAUUCUUAGCAGUAUCAGGAGGGAGAGGUGAUGUUGACAGCUGGUAUAAUAAUAAUACUCCAUCCAAAUCUCAUGUGAGCAGAGCACAGUGUCCUAAAAAUGCACUGAAGCCAGUCCUAGCACUUCUCGCUCGUCUUGUCCUGCCCUCGAACACUCACUGCAUGUUUUCCAAGCUGUGUUCUACUGUCUCCCCUCUUAUUUUUGUUUCCUUUUUACAAAUGGAAGUGUGAGUACUGCACUGAGUUAUAUAUUUACAUGACAAACAUUGAAGAACCAGCACUGUUUAGCCUGAUACCUUUCUAACUUUAAUGUCAAUUUUAAAUAAAAAAUAUAAAGGCC